AAAACAGCUGAUUGUAUUAUGUUUUAGCAUAUUACCUCGCGCGGCUAUUUAAUAAUGUAUUAUUCAAUAAUCCGGCGGUUUGGAACGCAGCCUAAGUUGGCCACCAUUCCCAAGCGGAAAUGGAGGAGCGUUGUGGGUUUGGAGGUGCACGCUCAGAUUGCCAGUGCAUCGAAGCUUUUCUCCGGCAGUGGAACCUCAUUCGGAGCACCGUUGAACUCGUCUGUGGCCUACUUCGAUGCCUCCAUACCGGGCACCCUGCCGGUUCUUAACCGAAAGUGUGUGGAAUCCGGCAUUAAAACUGCUCUGGCACUAGGCUGCCGGGUGAAUGAAGUGUCCAUGUUUGAUCGCAAGCAUUACUUCUAUGCGGAUUUGCCGAAUGGCUACCAAAUCACCCAGCAAAGAGCUGCUCUGGCUAACAAUGGCAUUAUGACCUUCCCAGUAAUAACGCCAGGGAAAAAAGUGUAUUACAAAAGCGUAAAACUUCUACAGCUUCAACUGGAACAGGACAGCGGGAAAUCCCUCCAUGACGAACAGCUGAAGCGAAGUCUGGUUGAUCUUAAUCGAGCUGGUCUGCCGCUGAUGGAGCUCGUUUUUGCCCCAGAUCUGGAGACGGGGGAGGAGGCUGCCUCAUUGGUCAAGGAACUGAUGCUGAUACUACGACGUCUGCAAACCUGCAGCUGUAAGAUGGAAGAGGGUGCCCUUCGUGUGGACGCCAAUAUAUCAAUUCACCAGGAAGGCGAACCGUUGGGCGUUCGCACUGAAGUCAAGAACAUUGGCUCGGUUCGCAGCAUCUCGCAGGCCAUUACGUACGAAAUAAACCGACAGCUGGAAACGGUUGCCGAUGGCGGAGUAAUCACCAAUGAGACUCGGUCCUGGGAUGCGGAGAACCGGCGCACAGUGGCCAUGCGUGACAAGGAGGUGUUACAAGAUUACCGUUUCAUGCCGGAGCCUAAUCUUCCACCGCUUCAUGUGAACCUCAAGCCUGGAUCAAAGUCCACUGAGGAUCUGCUAUCGGUGGCAGCGCUCAGCGAGGAGAUUCCAGAACUGCCAGAAGACACGCGACAGCGCCUGAUAGAACAGUACAAUUUGAAUGCAGAUACUUCUAUUAUUUUGGUGAACGAACCUGUUCUCCUCGAACAUUUCCUGAGCAUCAGCCGCAGCUUGACCCAACUGCCCAAUAAAGUCAUUUACAAUUUUCUUAUAAACGAUCUGCUUACAUACUGCAAUAAGCUGAACCUGGAUGUGGAGGAUUGCUCCAUUAAGGCGGAUGAUUUAAGGGAUAUAUUAAGUUACCUGCACUCGGAGCAGAUAAAUAUUCAAGCUGCUCGCCAGUUAAUAGAAUUACAGCAGCAGAAUCCCGGAGUUAAAAUCAUUGAGCUCAUUAAACUCCACAACCUGCAGCAGAUCUGUUGCCCCGAGGCAAUCAGUAAGCUUUGCCAGCAAGCCAUUGCUAACCAGACCAAGGCUGUUCAGCAAUACCAAAAGGGCAAAGCCAAGGCUCUGUUCGCCAUCGUGGGCGAAGUGGGCAAGCUAUCGAAUCAAAAAGCUAACAUGAAGAUGGUCGUAGAGUAUUUGGAGAAGCAGCUGAAGCCCGCCAAGAAAUAGGAACUCAGCUCGGAAGUUACUGUGUUCAUUAGAGGUGUGUUAUUCUCUUUUAUAUAUAUUUUAUAAAACUUGCACCGUAUAUAGGAUAAGAUAUGGCUAAGGUAUAGAGAUUUGUGGCUUUGUUUCGUGCUGACUAGUUUCGGUGUUUCCGGCCAAAUGUAUGUAAAUGCAACUGAUCGUGAUGAGAUAUAUAGUUCGGUGUUCUCCCUCGCAGCAGGGAGAAUCGGAACUUGUGACCCUUUAAUGCGUAUAGGUAGAUAUAGAUGGCAUCUUCAUCGCCAACAUCGAAUGCGACUAAAUGGAACGCACUAUAUUCGAUUGUCUAUCGAGGCAGACAAUGAACAGCUGGAAUUGUACUAAGGCAAACAAGAACGAAUGAGUUGAAGGUCCAAGAAGCCUCUCUAAAUAAAUGCAUGUGGCAGUGA